GAUUUUUGAUGGCCCAGUGCCUCUGUUUGCUGUCACAGACACAGAGACAAUUAAGAAUGUGCUAGUGAAGGAAUGCUUUUCUGUCUUCACAAACCGGCGGGAAAUUGGCCCAAUGGGGAUUAUGAGCAAAUCUGUCUCUGUAUCUAAGGAUGAGGAAUGGAAGAGAUACAGAGCCUUGUUGUCCCCCACGUUCACCAGUGGAAAACUCAAGGAGAUGUUCCCUAUCAUCGAGCAGUAUGGAGACAUUUUGGUAAAAUACUUGAGGCGAGAGGCAGAGAAAGGCAAGCCUGUUUCUGUGAGAGAAGUGUUAGGUGCAUACAGCAUGGAUGUGAUCACCAGCACAUCAUUUGGGGUGAAUGUUGAUUCCCUCAACAACCCAAAGGAUCCUUUUGUGGAGAAAGCCAAGAAGCUCUUAAGAUUGGAUUUUUUUGAUCCAUUGAUCUUGUCAGCAGUACUCUUUCCAUUCCUCACCCCAAUAUAUGAAAUGUUAAAUAUCUCUAUGUUCCCUAAGGACUCAAUAGCAUUUUUCAAAAAAUUUGUGGACAGAAUGAAGGAAA